AUGGAGGAGGAAAGAACCUGGUUCCACCAGGGCCCUAUGCGCAAACGCGUCGAGAUCGGCAGCAUCAUUACUACCGGCAAACCCUAUCCAGAAGGACGAUGGAAAAUCCUCGAAGUCCACGAAGAAGACGUCCGCCAAGGAGAAUGGGACUCACCAAACUACGCUUCUCUGAAACUGCCAUGCGAGGAUGCGAACGCCGUGACGGAAAGUUCUACAGUCAAAGCUUUCAUGCGGGUAUACGUACAGAUCCUCGAGUUCAAUACUGAACUCGAGGAUUCUGCAACCCGAGCUGCACAAGGCAUAACGUAUAAACCUGAUGAACUCUAUUCAAUCAGAAUAAAAUAG